AUGGCUUCAGCAGGACAGGUCCCCAUCGCUACAGUCUAUGUACGCAAUCUCGAGGAGCGCGUCAAGCCAGAGCCGCUCAAGGAGGCCCUGCGCACCAUCUUCUCCGAGUACGGCAAUGUGAUUGAUAUCGUCGCCAAGACCAAUCUCAAGGCCAAGGGCCAGGCCUUUGUGGUCUUUGACAAGCCCGAGUCGGCCCAGGCCGCCAUCGAGGAACUUCAGGGCUUCGAGCUGUUUGAGAAGCCCAUGCUGGUGGCCCUGGCGAAGACGAGGAGCGACGCUACGGUUAUUCAGACUGGCAACGAGGAAGAGUUUGACCAGCACAAGCGCAGACGCAUUGCUGAGAAGGACAAGAAGAGAGCCCUCGAAGUCGCCGAACAGCAAAACCGCCUCAAGCGCCCUCUUCAGGGUGCCGCCCCCGAUGCGCGCCCUGCCAAGAACCAACGCGGCGCCGGCCUCAAGGCUACCGGCCAGGGACCAGCUGCUGUUGUGCCCGACGAGUACUUGCCUCCCAACCGCAUCCUUUCGUUCAGAACCUGCCCGACGACUUUGGCAAGGACGACCUCACUGCCAUCUUCUCCCGCUUCGAGGGCUUCCGCGAAGUCCGUACUGUGCCUGGUCGCAGCGGUAUUGCUUUCGUCGAGUACGACGCCGAGGCCGGUGCUAUCGCCGCCAAGGAGAACACGGCCGGCAUGGCUCUGA